AUGGCCUCGACCUCCGCGGCGGCGGCCUCGCUGCUGAAGCGACAGCUCAAGGAGAUGCAGACGGGGAAGGACAUCCCGGGCAUCUCGUGCGGUCUGGUCAACGAUAACAACAUCUUCGAGUGGGAGGUCAUGCUCAUGAUCAGCGACGAUUGCAAAUACUACGGCGGAGGCAACUUCCGCGCCCGCCUCGUCUUCCCGCCCAACUACCCGCUGAUGCCGCCCUCCCUGACCUUCCAGACGCCGAUCCCGUUCCACCCCAACAUCUACGCCAACGGGCGGCUGUGCAUCUCGAUCCUGCACCCGCCCGAGGAGGACCAGUACGGGUACGAGGCGGCCUCGGAGCGCUGGAGCCCCGUGCAGAGCCCCGAGACGAUCCUGCUGAGCACCAUCAGCCUCUUCCACGGCCCCAACGACGAGUCGCCCGCCAACGUCGAGGCCGCGCGCAUGUUCCGCGAGGAGCGCGAGGGCAAGAACAAGGACUUCCGGAGGAGGUGUCGGGCGUGUGUGAGGGAGAGCUUGGGGGAGGAUUGA